UCAAGCAGCAUUGGACGGAUCGACCGCACGGUCCGUACGUCAGUCUAGUCGACAGUCGGCGCCGAUCCCGCGAGCUCGCGUGCACGUCUGCUCCCGCCGACAAUUUGAUCUCAGCGCGACCGCACUGUAUCGUCAUCCGCGAUGUCGCGCGUCUAUGAACCAACCGACCAUGUCGUCGAAAAAUCCCUCCUGCCCUCCUUCGAGCAAUACCAAAAUAUGCACAAAGAAUCGCUUGAAGACCCCGAGUCAUUCUGGUCAGAAUUAGCGAAUGAAUUCUAUUGGCAAACACCAUACCAGCGUGGAAAUAUCGUCUCUUACAAUUUUAAUGUAGACGAGGGGCGGAUUUUCGUAAGAUGGCUCGAAGGUUCCAGGACCAACAUCUGCUUCAACGUCUUGGACAGGAACGUCAGGAACGGCCUUGGCGAGAGAAUUGCAUUCUACUGGGAGGGUAACCAUCCCGAGGAUUACAGCCGCAUAACAUACAUGAAGCUGAUGGACUUAGUUUGCCAAUUUGCCAAUGGACUUCGUGAGCGCGGGAUCGGCAAGGGAGACAGGGUCUCCAUCUACAUGCCGAUGAUUUUAGAGACCGUCGUGUGCAUGUUGGCCUGUGCUAGGAUUGGUGCGGUACACUCUGUGGUGUUCGCUGGAUUUUCAUCCGAUUCGCUGGCCGAGCGCAUGUCUGACUGUAAAGCUAAAGCUAUUGUUACGGCGGACGGCGCAUGGCGAGGAGAGAAGCUGCUUGUCUUGAAGAACACGUGUGAUGAGGCUAUUCAGAAAGCAAAGGACAAGUACAACCACUACGUUGAUAUGUGUAUUGUGGUUCCCCACUUGAAUAGAGUGACUCCCUGUGGGAAGAUCCCCGAUGACGUUAAGACCCUGUAUAAGUGGAACGAAGAUAUCGAUAUCUGGUGGCAUGAUAUCGUGGAGGGAAUGUCGACCAUCUGCCCACCAGAAUGGCUCACCCCUGACGACCCGCUGUUUAUGCUCUACACUAGUGGUUCUACUGGAAAACCGAAGGGUGUACUGCACACAACAGCUGGGUACAUGCUGUAUGCCGCGGCGACAUUCCGCUACGUGUUUGACCACCGUGAGAAGGACAUCUACUGGUGCACGGCCGAUGUCGGCUGGAUCACCGGCCAUACCUACGUAGUGUAUGCACCCAUGGCCAACGCUGCCACUUCUGUCAUGUUCGAAGGAACACCAUUUUUCCCUGACAAUGACCGCUUCUGGGCCGUCUGUGAGAAGUACAAGGUGACGCAAUUCUACACCGCACCUACUGCUAUCAGAGCUCUCACUAAAUUCGGAGACGAGAUGGUGAAAAGACACAACCUAGACUCGUUGCGCGUUUUGGGAAGUGUAGGUGAACCGAUUAAUCCCGAAGCUUGGCUGUGGUAUUACAAUGUCGUUGGCCAAGGGCGCUGCUCAAUUGUGGAUACCUUCUGGCAAACCGAGACCGGUGGUCACGUGUUGACUAGCCUGCCCGCUGCUACUCCAAUGAAACCAGGGGCCGCUGGCUUCCCAUUCUUUGGCGUCGAGCCGACCAUCAUUGACGAGAACGGCCGCGUCAUCGAAGGCGUUGGUGAAGGCUACUUGGUAUUCGCCCGCCCGUGGCCUGGCAUAAUGACUUCUCUGUACCAGGACCACAACCGCUACGAAGAUGUGUAUUUCAGGAAAUUCCCGGGAUACUACUGCACCGGAGAUGGUGCUCGGAGGGAUGAGGAUGGCUUCUUGUGGGUGACCGGCCGUAUCGACGAUAUGCUGAAUGUGUCGGGACACUUGAUGUCCACUGCUGAGGUCGAAGGUGUCCUCACUGAGGACUCCAAUGUGGCUGAAGCAGCUGUGGUGUCUAAGCCUCAUCCAGUGAAAGGCGAAUCCCUUUAUUGUUUCGUAAUUUUAAACGAAGGUGCCAAAUUUGAUGCUGAUUUGAUCGACUCGUUGAAGAAACGCGUACGUAGCAGGAUUGGAGCUUUUGCCGCCCCUGAUGUUAUCCAACAUGCUCCUGGACUGCCAAAGACUAGGUCCGGCAAGAUAAUGCGCCGCAUCUUGCGCAAGAUAGCACAGGGCGACAAGAACGUCGGGGACACGUCCACGCUGGCUGAUCCUUCCAUCGUGGACAUGCUGUUCCUGACGCGUCGCUAGAUACGUAGGGGACAAACAUGCACUGAUUUUUCGUUCCUAUUAAGAUGCACGGCCUGCACCGUACGAUUAUUUAAUCAUUUUCCGCUUCUCUCCAGUCCUGCUUGAAUAUCCGUCCGCAACUCUUUCGACACGGCCUUGUGUUUCAAGUUCAUUCAAAAUAGUUGCGUUAAUGAUACCGGUAUAUUCAUUGACUAGACGCAACCGUAUAUACAUAAUUAUGUAGUCGUAACUUUAUUGUGUGAGGUUUUAUACAUGGGUUUAAAGUAGGUACCACUUGCCUUCAAAUAAUAGUUUGUAAAGGUAAUUACGUAAUAGAUACAUCAUUGACUUAAGAAUCACUUGAUAGAUGUACAUUAGCUAGAUUUUAGCAAUUUCCACAGGGUGUGUCUACCAAAAUGGUUCAAAAUCUCGAAUUUGUCUACUUAUAUUACCUUCGAUCUCUAUUAUGGGUAUGCUUUAUAUAGGUACCAAAAUAGUCGAUCGAAUAUCUAUUAAGUGAUUCAAAGUCAAUGAAAUUAAUUUAUCGUCAUAAUAUUUAGUUACGUACAUACACACUAAGAUGUGUCUUCAUAAUAAUAUGUUAAGAUUAAUUAUACACAAAAACAUAUAUACACACUACAUAAUAUUGUUUGUAAACCUUUGGCAUUUAUGUAUAUUUUGUCGAAAAUCGAUUGAAUCGGUUUACUUUUAAAUCAGUUAACUAAUUGUGAUAUAAUAAUAAUAAUAGGCGGGUUUGGAUUCAAAAAUCAAAUUCUUAAUUUUAGUCUGGUGGUUAAAAAAUUGAAAUGUUUUAUUGUUUUUCUAAAUGUUUGUAUCAUACAAUGAUACUUGUGACGAUUGAAGUAAGCCUAACAAUUAAAUUGAUUGAGUUUAUUUACGGAAGCCAAAUUGUUAUUGUUUCAGAUUCAUAUCUGAAUUGUCUUUAUAGCUAUAGAAACACCGCUAAUGCUUGAAUAUUGGGUUAAUAAGAUACCUAUUCAAUCAUUCCAUAAUACGUAAACUUUUUUAAUAUAUAAUCUAUUUUACAUGAUAGGUACUAUUGUGUUAUGCAUCUAAUAUAGCCCAGUGAGUAUACAAGAUACAAUCUAAUGUAUACUUGUUUAGCGAUAGGAUCGUAUUUAACCGCGUAAUCAGUAAUCGUAGGUACUUUAUAAUAACUAAUUAUUUGCUCACAUUUUUGCAUACGAGACCUAAGACAUCAUAUGGAACAUCAGCUGUCGUGAAUUUGCUGAGCGAACCUAAGAGAUGGGAGAUGUAAUUUGUAUUAUUUGUUUAAUUGUAACAGACUGACAGAAUUCCGGACGUUAAUCUUAUGUUACUUUGCCUCCAUCGUGCGCCGCAGCCCUCUAGUUUUAGUAUUUAUUUAUUGCUCUAAUUAUUUCACUAAGUUAUUUAACAGAUUACCGAAGAACUAGAUUUAUUUAGGACUGGAAGAACAAUAGUUUCCUUGUAGUUGUGCACGAAGCAUGCAAUUACUUAAGUUGCUAGUGUCAUGUCAUUGCCUACCGUAGCCUUAGGUAUAAGCAUACCUAAUUUAAUUUUUCACGGUUGUGAUAUUAUUUCGGUAUUUUUGUUAAUGUAAUAGUUGGCUGUGUUUAGUUUUUUCUGCACAAAGAUUUCGAAUUCGAUUAUCCCAUUAAAGUACAUAAUAUUUAAUACAUAAAUGUUAUACGUGUAUCUGACGGCACUUAUUUGUGAUGCACAAUGUUGAGAUAUUGUAAGUAGUUAUACGUGUAUACCUAUCCAUAGGUUAGGUUCUAGGAUAUACAAGUGCAUAACGAGCGUAGAGUUUAUGGCCUUUUGUGAAUCAAUAUUAUUAUUUAUUUGUCGAUCAGUUUCUUCGUUGUGGAUUUGUUUUAGAGUGGAUUUGUUUUGAUAAGUGAAUUAUUUUGUAAAGUUACCCGCACCAUUACCGUUCGUAUGACGGUAUUAUAUACAACAGUAGAUACAAGCUUGGACUAAAUUUAUUCGUAAGCAUUAGGGACUUACUUGUAGUGCAGUGUGAUCAACUGAGUGUUGUAAGCAGGAAAUGUAUCAACUACUAAUAAA